AUGGGUAAAGUGAAGAAGGCCAAGAAGUUUCGCAAGAGCCAUUUGAAGGACAAGAUCGAGCAGAAGCGCAAAGAGCAGAAGCAUGCACAGCUGAUUGGACGCAAGAAGGGCAAAAAGCCCGCCGUGCAAGCAGCAGAGGAGCCAGAGACUAAUGGGAUUGACGCACCCAAGCAAAAUUUGGCCAUUCUCGAGGACGAGGCUGGUUUCGAGCAGUACCUGAGCGAGAGCGAGCAGAGCCAAGAGGACGGAUCGGAUGGAUCUGGCAGCGACAACGAAGACGACGAGGCGGAAAUCGCUGCUGAAGAAGCUGCAUGGCUGAACGGUGGGAACGGGGUCGACGAGCCCGAGUCGGAUGCUGAAGAGUUGUCAAAGGAGACCAUCCAGGGAUGGGUGACCCAGCUUGAGAAAACACUCAAGCCAAUGAAGCAGAUUGUCAGAGCGCUGGCUGCUGAGGACUCGGUGACGGACGCUUCGACGUAUGAUCUGCUGUUGAAGGUGGGCUUGCACAAUGUCCCGCAGGCCAUCCGCCAUCACCUGCCUUUGAACGAGAACAAAACUCCUGUUCAGACCAAGCGUUUGACCGAGUACACUCCCUCGCUCAAAGUAUACUGCCAAGUUCUGACGGAUAUGCUGAAGAACUCUUCCAGCCGCAGAAUUUCCCAGGUCGUUUCCGCCUCGCAGAAAAGCAUGCCCUACUUUAUUUCGCUGCGGAAACUCGUCAAGGACUUUGUCAAGGCGUUUGCCAGCGUCAUUGUUAACCGCAAUCUCAGCGAUGAGGUCAAGCUGGAAGCGUUUUCUGUCCUGCAGAACAGCUGCACCGCCUACCCCAAUGCUCUCACCGAGCUGGCGCUUAAAUACAGCUACGAAAGCCUCGUAAAGUUAUGUGGACGUACGUCCGUUCACACUAUGGGCUCUAUCAAUUUGGCCAAGAAUGUGUUUGCUACGCUGUACUCGGUUGACCCCACUGUAGGAUACCAGACCGCUUUCCAGCAAGUUCGCACCCUGGCUCUGCAUCUCAAGUCGAGUCUCGACAAGCAGAAGAAUCCUGAAAUGACCACAAAAGUUAUCUACACUUGGCAGUACGUCCAAUCGCUUGAUUUCUUCUCAAGAGUUAUCUCGGCUGCUCCAGAAGGUAGUCCCUUGCAUCAGUUGAUCCACCCUCUUGUCCAGGUGACGCUUCGCACGGCUACGUUAGUGCCCUCGCCGGCUUAUUUCCCACUCAGAUUCUAUCUUGUCAGGUCACUUGUGCGGCUGUCGCGCCACACUGGCGUCUACAUCCCGCUGGGAUCUAUUCUUGUCGACGUGUUGGCAUCCAACGCAGUUUCCAAGCGAGGAAAGAAAUCAAGUCUCAAGCAAUUCGACUUUGACAAUAACAUCAGAGCGUCUGCCAGCUAUAUCGGCACCCAGGUAUAUCAGAACUCGGUUGGUGACGAACUUGUGGACUUGUUUGUUGAAGUGUUUGUCUUAUACUCCAAGAGCAUUGCCUUCCCGGAACUUGUGAGCCCCGUUAUUACCACUCUCAAGCGAUUCACCAAGCGGAGCACAAACGCCCGACUGAACAAACAGCUCGCUACUCUUAUUGAGCGUCUUGUUUCGAACUCAGAUUAUAUCGUCAAGCAGCGUGACAAUGUGACGUUUGGUCCUCGCGACAAAGAGCUCAUAGCGGCUUUCUUGAAGGAGACCGAGUGGGAAAAGACGCCAUUAGGCACUCUCGCCAUUGCUCGUCGCAGAACUCGCGAGGAACGUGUCAAACUGUUACAAAAUCUCGAAGAGGACGAAGAGCAGGUAGAGGGACUGAGUGGCCUUGAAGACAGCGAGGAAGAGCAGGAGGAGGCUGGAGAAAGCGACAGCGAGUAA